AAAACAUCGCGAAGAAAAAAGGCGGUGGCUAAAUUUCUAGAUUGUGCGGGAAGACAACCGGGGCUUACAGAUCGAGCAGAGCACAAGGAGCGAGUGAUUCGCGCCGAAAAUGGGAUGGGUGUGGAAGGACGACGAUGAAUCGGAAGAAUUCAACUCUUCGUCCUCCGCCGGCGAAGUUGAAGCCUACAAGAAGCAGUCGUCCGAUGAGGUUUGCUCGACGAGGAAAGUGGUGAGGUCGAACUGCAAGACGGAGGAGGUGGAGCCCGGAAAGUUUCUGCGCAAGUGCGAGAAGACCGAGGAGGUUCUCAGAGAGUGCCUUGGAAAGCCUGCUGAAGUGCUGAAAUCCAACAAAGAGUACACUGAGGAAGACGUGACGGACAUGAUGAGCAAAGGAUCAUUUCAAGCAGGCAGUCACGAUUGGGAAGGAGGACCGUUCAGCUUUCCUGGGCUUCGAAGUGAUAUAGGCGAGCUUGAAAGCCACUUCCAGGGUCAUUUUGACCGCUUCUUCCAAGCAGCUGAGGAGAUGAAAAACAGCUUACUCGAUGCAUUUGAAGGAUUCCCAGGUGAGAACUCGGCAUUCCCUCCAUUCACUAGGCGAAACAUCCCCAUUCAAGGACGCCCCGAGGAGAAGAGAAGUCAUUACAACCAGGAGGAGGUGAAGAAUGGAGAUGUAGACAUCUCAGGUCUUGCCAAAGAAGUUUAAACUUCUUACCCCUUUCCAUGAACGGUUACUCAAACCACAACAUUUCCUUUGCCAGUGUCUCCUAGACUCCUACGAUAACUUAGACGCUCUCUUUGUUUUUUUUUUUUUUAACAAUGAGAGAACCUUUUAUUACUUACAACGGUGGAGCAAUAAUUUUAACAAUUAAAACUCAAA